AUUUUCAGACUGUGCAGAGACUGCUGGCAGUGCGGGACUCGUGGAGGGAGUGACUUAGACCUCUGGUAGUGUCAGUUAUUCAGCUGCACUGAAAGAAUCAUUAAUGAAUCUGAUCUGUCUUCACUAAGUGUGCACUGUCUCAGCUCAGUCAAACAGGAAGUCAGGCACAGCAGCACUCCCUGACACUGAGCAGCAUGACACUGCUCCCUCCCAGGGGGUGUCACCCAGAAGUGCUGCCACCCAAUCACUGUGACUGACUGAGAUGCUACUGGGGGCUGUCUCAACACACCAAACUGUGAGUGACUCCAAUAUAAUUCCAACUUAAAUGAUUUGAGUCAUUGUGUUGAGACAGCAACUCAGUAGUCAUCGCUAGUUUCUACAGAGUCCACACUCCAACACAGGCUGGUUACAGGUUUUGAUUGCAGACUUUAAACAAUGGGUUCCCUGAGUGAUGCAAAUGGCUCCUUUGCUAUGGAUUUAUUUAAAAUGCUAACUGGAAAUAAUAAAAGUAACGUGUUCUUCUCCCCAAUAAGCAUCUCCUCUGCUCUUGCAAUGGUUUUACUGGGAGCAAAAGGACAGACUGCUGCUCAGAUGUCAAAGGUGCUUCACUUUGAUAAGACAAAGGAUGUCCAUGCUUCAUUUCAGUCUCUUAUUUCUGAGAUUAAUAAACCAGGCACAGACUACCUCUUGCGAACUGCUAACCGCUUAUAUGGUGAAAAGUCAUUUACAUUCCUUUGUGAAUUCCUGGGAUCAAUCAAGAAACAUUAUCAUGCAGAUUUACAAUCUGUAGACUUUGCUGAGAAUUCAGAAGAGGGCAGAAAAGAAAUUAAUAACUGGGUGGAACAGAAAACUGAAGGUAAAAUCCAGGACCUGCUGCCUAGCGGUAGUGUGGAUGCUCUCACCAGACUAGUGCUUGUGAAUGCGAUCUAUUUCAAGGGAAACUGGGCAAACCAGUUUAAUAAAGAGCAUACUCAUGAAAUGCCUUUUAGACUGAAUAAGAAUGAAACCAAGCCUGUGCAGAUGAUGUAUAAAAAGGCCAAAUAUCCAAUGACGUAUGUAGGAGAAAUGUCCACCAAGGUCAUUGAGUUACCAUAUGAGAAUAAUGAGUUGAGCAUGGUUAUACUGCUCCCUGAUGAUAUUCAGGAUGGAAGUAAUGGACUGGAAAAGCUUGAGAAAGAGCUAACCUACAACAAAUUUUUGGAAUGGACAAAUCCAGAAAGGAUGGACAUAACCGAAAUGGAGUUGUCUGUACCGAAAUUUAAGCUAAAAGACAAUUAUGACCUGAAAUCUGUGCUUAGUGACAUGGGGAUGCCUGAUGCCUUUGACCAAAGCCAAUCUGACUUCUCAGGAAUGUCUACGAAUAAUGACUUGGUCCUCUCUAAAGUAGUGCACCAGUCUUUUGUGGAUGUGAAUGAGGAGGGUACAGAGGCUGCUGCCGCCACAGCAGGAAUUAUGAUGAUGCGUUGUAUGAUGAUUGUGCCAAAGAUUGUCUGUGACCAUCCUUUUCUGUUCUUUAUCACUCAUGCUCAGACCCGUUGCAUUUUGUUUUGUGGCAGAUUCACUUCACCUUAAGGGCACCACACCUAAGACACACGUUGAACCAAUUUGAAAAGGCAUCUUGCAACAUUCACAUAUUGUCCAGAUCCUCUUAAUGCCUUUUACUCUCCUCCUUUAAAGCAUGUUCUUGAAUGUUUACACUUGUGAAUAUUGCAUUGUAGUAAUCCUCUGAGCACUCCUAAUACACCAAAACCUGUGUUUUAUGAAAAACAAAUGAUAUAGAGCAAAAUGAAUUAACAGUAUAUUCAUUUGCUAAUUUUAUUUUAUUUUAAAAAUCCUGCUAUAUAGUUGCAGAAUUGAAUCUAUUGUGUUAUAUUCCAUUGGAUAAGGUGAAUAUAUUAAAUUAACCAUUUACAUUAUAUACACAGCCACCCCCACAAUAUUUGUGCUUUGUUCCAUUUACUUAAAUAUUUACUCUAAAUACUAUAUAGUCUUUUUUUUGUAUUUUUUACAAUAUUUUAGAAUGGGUUUUAAUUUAUAUUACAUUUAAUUGGAUAGAUUCUGCUCCCUGUGUAGUCUGAUUAUCAGUCUUUUUUUUUUUCCAGUGGAUCUUGCAUGUUCCAUAAAAAAUUCAGGACACCCGUAUGACCUACAGUUUGUGCAGACCAUAACUCAUAUUUUUCAGGUGGCACAUGAAGUAAUGUUAUUGUCAGAAUCUGUGCCACUUAUUCUGUUAAUUUUGGAACAUCAGGGGGUAUAUUUACUAAAGGUCGAUUUUGUUUGUUUUUGUUCGAUGUUAGAUCGAUUUUAAAUCAAAUUUAAUUGAUGUUGGGCUUCCAGGGUUAAAACACACAUUUACUAACACUUAAAUAUUCAUAUUAUAAAAAUGAUCUGCUAGUAAAUGUGUGUUUUAACCCUGAAAUCCCAACAUCGAUUAAAAUCAAUCUAACAUCAACAAAAACAAACAAAAUCGACCUUUAGUAAAUAUACCCCCUGGAGUCUGAAUAAGUUGAAAGUUUAAACAUUUUGUGUGGCUAGAAUGGGCCAAAUUCCCUGCUUUUGAACCAUUUCACAUUCUUUUGUGGAUAAACAGCCAUGGUGGUUAAUGGCAGUUCUGUAGUAUGGUUAAGAUUUAGAAUUGUUUUAUAUUAAAGGUACAGUAGUUGCUAAUAAUUUUGUGAAAAUACGGGCGUUUAUGGUAAUUACAGUUUUCAUUGAAUAAUUGAAAAUGUAAUGUGUUACACAAAACACUUAAUUUUCUUUAAAAUCAAAAAGGUCACAAAAAAUUGCAUUAUGUUAUAUGAAGGUGAAGUUCAAUGUUUUUCAUAUGCAAUAAAAGAGAAGUGUCCCAUCAAA